AUGGAACUGUCUAUCUUCCCGUUGGUUUCUACCCUGCUUUGGCUCCAAGCCUGCUUGGUCGCUGCCAUCCCAGGACAAUAUGGAUCUACCAGUGAUCUCACGACAUUACCAAAGGUCAACAGAGUGCGGACUUUUAUCCUCACCGACAUCCUCAACGAGCCAGAUGAUACGAUGUCGUUGAUCCGAUACCUGCUGUACUCCAAUGAAUUUGACACCAGAGGAAUUGUGGCAGUAACAUCAUGGUCCCUCAGGAAUACGACACAUCCUGGAGAGAUCAAGAGGGUCAUUGACGUCUAUGGCAAGGUUGUAGACAAGCUCAACCAACACGUUCACCCCGACAACCCUUACCCUCAUCCAAGCGAUCUUAUCAGCAAGAUAUCAUCCGGUCCCAUUUCAUAUGGCAAAGCUGCCCUCAAGCAACCUCUCAGUGAAGGCGCCCGAAACCUAGUCAAGGCACUGCGAGAAUCUAAAGAACCGCUCUACCUUAGUCUCUGGGGAGGAGCCAACACACUAGCCCAGACCCUACAACAUAUCGACAAGACCGAAACAAAACGCGUCGCAUCUCAACUUCGCUCUCGUCUUCGAGUUUACGCUAUCUCAGACCAAGAUGACACUGGUGCAUACAUCAGAGUCACAUGGCCUGACGUCUUUUACAUCGUCAACGUUCAUGGCUAUCGAGAGUAUAGUCUAGGAACAUGGACUGGUAUCUCGACUGGUGACAACAAUGCUGUCAACAGAACGAAGGUCCUUGACGACUGGCUGACUCCCAACAUUCGCGUUGGGCCGCUCGGAUCUGAAUAUCCCAAGAUUAUUUACACGAUGGAAGGAGAUAGCCCCAGCUUCAUUUGGACAAUCCAGAAUGGUCUUAAUAUCCCGGGACGGCCAGAAUAUGGAGGAUGGGGAGGUCGAUAUGCCCGCGUCACUGAAGAUACUGAGAUCAACGAGUAUGGAACUUCGGCUGACACUUUGAUCAACAACAAUGGCGAUAGCUGGAGGAGCCAGUAUGCCACUAUCUGGCGUUGGCGCGAUGCCUAUCAGGAUGACUUUGCCGCGCGCAUGCAGUGGACUAUCGUCGACAAAUUUGAAGACGGUGCUCAUCCUCCAAAAAUCUCCAUCAACGGCUCCACAGAUUCUGAGCCAUUGCGAUUCGGCGUUGGUCUCAACGACACCAUGAUAUUGGAUGCCAGCGAGACAUACAACACUGAUAACAAUGAUGCCUCUGGGCUUACCUUUGAGUGGUACUCCUACGCUGAAUGCGCAUUGCCCUUCUUGACAAGUCUCAAUGCAAAUUUCUUCAAGAUCGAAGCAUUGUCGCCGCCAUCUGGUACAAACGGCACGCUUACAGUCAAUGAAGCGGGGUUCAGUAACGCUACUCUUGGUCCGGUUGUUAGGAUCUCGACGACGCUUGGUAAUUGGGUACAGGAGCAACCUAGUUCGGUGGACAAGGAGUGGCAUAUCAUUUUACAAGUUACUAACAACAAGGGGUCAUAUCCGAUCAGACGGUAUAAACGUGUUAUUCUUCAGAUUCCUGAUGCUAAAUAG